UUCAGCAAUCAAAGAAUUAAUAUCAUUCUUGACAUCUUUAAAAAAAUGAAGACUUUCAGUCCCAUCUUUUUGAUCCUCGUCUUGGAGAUGGUUCGUGCUCAAGGGCUUGACGAUACCAACGUCCCCAUGGACCCUGCAGCUUUGCUCGCAAACCAACUAGAAACCUGGGACAAGUUGAGAUGCAGGUCGGGAUUCCAGUCAGUCCCGCCCGAGCUAGUGGACGCCACCUAUCAUUGCAGCAGUCAGAGGGGGCAUGAGAAAUUAUCCACAAAAAACUUUACCGCAGACAUUGUCGACUUUGCAGGACCAACGUCAUAUCUUGUAAGAAUACUAUCAGUAAUGGAUUAUGGAACACUUUUUCAAGCUACAUACACCGGGAUUGUGUAA